UGUCAUAGCUUCUUGCUAGAUUGUUAGUUAGCUAGCUAUUUCUCUACUAUCGCGUGUGACAUAAUCGCCCUUCUUACAUCUACUUCUCAUCUACAUUCCUACAAAUUAGCUCUCUUCAGAAUGACCGCCCCCACACCCAAGUCGGCGCUCGCAACAAUGCCGACGCCCAAUAUCCCUGCAUCCGAAGCUGUCGGCCACUGCCAGAGCGUCGCAAUAAUCGAUGCUCCACUGCAAGAAGUCUGGGAUACUCUCAUGGACACCUCUACCUUUCCCUCAUGGAAUCGAUUCGUCCCUGCCGUGACUAUCCGAGAGCAGCCCGGAUGCGAAGGGGGCGAUCUCUCCUCCAUCCUCCAGGCUGGGACGAAGAUGACUUAUCACGUGAACAUGAAGCCGACCAGCUCGUCCCAGCCACAGCGUGCACAGGCGAGCAAUGAUACUCCAUUGGUCGUGACGGAGUGUGAUCCGCCCAGCGAGAGCAAGAAAUCCGGUCGCAUUGUUUGGGUUCUUGAUAAGCAGGCGCAGGGUCGCAUCAUGUCCUCAUUGUUGGCAGCGGAACGGGUCCAUGAGUUCGUGGAAGUCGAUAUUCAGGAUGAACAGGGACAGAUGAGAAAGGGGACGGAAGUGCGUAACUGGGAAGCGCAGAAUGGAGCCCUGGCGUAUGUGGUUCGCUGGAUGGUGGGGGCUCAGCUGGAAGUAAAUUUUGAGGUGUGGUUGCAGGAUCUCAAGGAGUAUGUUGAGAAGCAGAGGCAGGCGCGGGAAUAAGAUGAGCUAGUCUAGGGUGUGCCCCUUUACUUUGUACAUAGUAAUAAUACGAGUUUAAAUGGAUGGCUCCUUGCUG